AUGGCCCCUCAAGCUUCAACAAGCCUUAAGCAAGCUGGAAAGGUCAUUUGUAUUGGCCGCAACUUUGCGGAGCAUAUUGCUGAGCUUAACAGCGCCAAGCCCAAGCAGCCCUUCUUCUUCCUCAAGCCUACCUCAUCUAUUGUCCUUCCUGGCGAGGGAGCUGUUCAGAGGCCCAAGGGCAUUGAGAUGCACUAUGAAGUCGAGCUGGCACUCAUCAUCGGCAAGCUGACUCGAGAUCUCCAAGCCUCUGAUGCUCAGGGCGCCAUGGACGCCGUCAAAGCUUACGCUGUCGCCAUUGACUUUACCGCCCGCAAUGCCCAGAACGAGGCCAAGAAGAAGGGUCUCCCAUGGUCAAUCGCAAAGGGCUUCGAUACUUUCCUGCCCAUGAGCAACAUCAUCCCCAAGACAGCCAUCAAGGACCCUCACAAUGUUGAGCUCUUCCUUCAGCUUAACGGCGAGACCAAGCAGCAGGGCUCGACCAACCUCAUGAUCUACCAGAUCCCUCGUAUCCUGAGCGACAUCUCAAAGGUCAUGACUCUUCACCCUGGUGAUAUCGUCCUCACUGGUACACCUGCUGGUGUUGGCCCUGCUGCGCCUGGUGAUGUUGUGCGCGCUGGUUUGAGGAUUGACGGAAAGGAGGUAGAGGAGGGUGCUAUUGAGAUUCCUGUUGAGGAGUCUACCAGUUCUUACUCCUUCUCCGAGACUUAG